AUGGCCCUGGCUUUCGGAACCGCUUCUGCUGUUCUACACCCGACAACUUCAAUAUCGUCAAAGAUUUGUAAGAAGAAAAUUGGGUGGAAUUCUCCAUCUUGUCGGAAGGCGGCGGCGGCGGCGGCUCUCUCUGAAGGAACUGAUAGUAGAUUCACCGACCAGGAUUCGCCUACUUACACUGGAUCCUCUUCUUCUGCUCGGAUGCAACUAGAUCUCUUGGAACAACUCACUGGUGCCGGUAGCUCGUCUGUUGAUGGUUAUACGAGCGAUGGUAACUCUGGUGGGGCAACAGUACGCGAACAACUUGCUAAUUUGGUCGGGGACUGUGAUGACGAUUUCAGCCUUCCAUUAGGUAAAAACCUAAAGAAGGUGACUGCUAAGUUCUUGACAAUAUCCCAGAAACGGAACAUUCGGAGGCAGUCUUACUUGAACGAAGUGUCUCAGAGGAAUGACUCGGUUUUCUUUGCCACCAUUGGUGCUUUUGUCAUCCUACCACCUGUCGUCAUUUUAGGGAUAGCAAUUGCAACGGGUUACGUGCAGCUUUUUCCGUGA